AGUACCAUGGAGAUCAAGGAUAACCCCAUCAAGGGAGGCGUUUCCAUAAUCCAUAAGGUUCUACAGGAAAAACAUCACUAUGAGGUGGCGCAUGUAAUGAAGUUUAAAAAGGAUUACAAGAGCGGACCUUUCGUUAGGAAAGGAGACAAGAUCCUGAAAAUCAAUGGCCAGGACCUAGAGGAUCUGACUCCGGAGGCGUUUGCGGAGUUGCUGGCAGAAGCCUCACCAAUGCUGACAGUGCACAGCCCCGGCAUGGACGCCCCAGAGGAUAAGUGCCUGGAGGGGAGUGGACUACAGCCUUUCUCUAAGGAGCAGAUCAUCCUUAACUUCAGCCUGGAGAUGAGGCGGGAGGAGGAGCUGGAAGAAGAAGGAGGAGGAGACGACAGUGGGACAUCCGGCAGAGAGGAGACGCCUGGCGGUGGUGACGACUGUCUCUUUGAUGACACCUGCUCCGAGAUGGAUGACCUUUUGCUGGUUUCCAUGAUGAGGACCACCAUCUCCAUCAUCAGGGGGCGGGGCUGUGAUGCUGGAAGUCCCUGCACUGACUGUGGUGGCACUGGGUGCAACCUCAACGAGGUGGUGAUGGUGGCGGAGUCCAGCAAGAUCACCCUAGUGUCAAGGGGAACUGCAAAUUUUCUUCGAGAAAAAGUGCAGGAGAAUAUUCUAAUCCAAAGUUUAAUGAAUGACAUGUACAUUCAGCAAAAACGUUCCCGUUCAACGCCAGCCAUGGCGAGACAGUCCCAGUCAAAUUCAACAAAAAUUACAAUCUAUUACUACAAGUCGGACUGCGUGGAUGGGGACUUCCGUGGGGCUCCAGUCGUCCUGAACUUCACCGGCACAGACUGUUUUCUCAAAUGCUACCACCAAGGUGGCAGGGCCACACUUACAGUAGAGAAUUGCGAAAAACAGAGGCUGAAGAACAUCUCCAACGGGGAUAAGGACACCUGGCCAUUUGUUUUCUACAUGAAAGCUACGAGGGACAACAUUCGCCGUUUUGAAUCUGCUAACUGCACCGGAUGGUACAUACACGCAAAGAAUACAGAGGUUAAGGUGGACAACCUAACAGAUCAAGAUGAGUCCUUCCUUUUCAUAAUCCGAAAAUGACUCUG